GCAACCUCCAUUUCUCAAGCUUGCUUUCAUCAACCAAUUGUAUUGAGAAAGUAAAAAGAAAGAAGAGGAAAUAAUGUUGUUCAACUUUGGUCUUCCAAUUAUAUUCUCACAUCUUUAUUUUUUCUUCCUUCCCUUAAUAAUAGCCUUCUUGUUUUUGAUCAUGAAUAUUUCAAGUACCAUUUUCACCAAUCUUUUCCCAUAUUCCAAGUCCACCAAGAUUCCAAGAUCCUAUCCAAUUAUUGGCUCAUAUUUCUCAAUCAAAUCCAACAAAGAUCGUCGGAUUCAAUGGACAUCUGAAAUAGUUUUAAGUACACUACCAUCUCUCACUUUUACUCUUCAUCGACCACUAGGCCACCGCCAUAUAUUCACAGCAAACCCUUCCAAUGUUCAGCACAUUCUCAAAACCUACUUCCAUAAUUAUCAAAAAGGGUAUCUUGGUAAGGAAACUUUAAAGGAUCUUCUAGGCAAUGGUAUCUUUAAUGCUGAUGGUGAGAUUUGGAAGUACCAAAGAAAACUUGCUAGCCAUGAAUUCAACUCCAAAUCCUUGCGUAGAUUCGUUGAGAAUGUUGUAAACGUUGAACUGUCUGAUCGUCUUGUACCUAUUUUGACUGUGGCCGCGUCUCAAGAUACCGUUCUUGACAUCCAAGAUUUGCUUCAAAGGUUCGCUUUUGACAACAUUUGCAUGGUUGCUUACGGGUACGAUCCAGCAUAUUUAUUACCAUCCUUUCCGGAGGCAAAAUUUGCAAAUGCUUUCGAAGAAGUUGUUCGAAUUAGUAGCGAGAGAUUCAAUUCCCUCGCCCCGUUUAUAUGGAAGCUCAAGCGAAUCCUCAACGUUGGAUCUGAGAAGAAAUUGAGGGUUUGUGCAACACAAAUUCGCGAUAUGGCUAAGGAAAUGAUCAAGCAAAAGAAGGAUAAAUCAACUUUUAUUUCUUGUGAUGAUCUUCUUUCAAGAUUCUUAAUAAGCUCCAAUGAACAACACAACAUGCAUGAUGAAGAGUUCAUUACGGAUAUUGUGAUAAGCUUUAUCUUGGCUGGAAGGGACACAACUUCUGCUGCACUAACAUGGUUCUUCUGGUUGAUUUCCAAGAAUCCAGAAGUGGAAAAAGAAAUCUUGAAGGAAAUAGUUAAGACGACGUCUUCUUCAACGUAUGAUGAAGUAAAGGAUAUGGCAUACACUCAUGCAUCACUAUGUGAAAGCAUGAGACUUUACCCGCCCGUCCCCGUGGAUACUAAAGAAGCCAUGCAAGAUGAUAUAUUGCCUGAUGGGACAUUUGUGAGGAAAGGAACAAGAAUAAGCUAUCAUCCAUAUGCAAUGGGGAGGGUGGAGGAUAUGUGGGGGAAGGACUGGAAUGCUUUUAGGCCAGAAAGAUGGUUGGAAAGGGAUGUUAAGACAGGGAAUUGGAAGUUUAUCCCUAGGGAUCCGUUUGUGUAUCCGGUGUUUCAAGCUGGACCUAGGGUUUGUUUGGGGAAGGAGAUGUCGUUCUUGCAGAUGAAGAAGGUGGUUGCCGGAGUUCUACGACGCUUUAGAGUGGUUCCAGUGGUGGAUAAAGGUGAGGAUCCAGUGUUGAUAGCCUACCUUACUACUAAGGUGAAGGGUGGUCUCCUGGUGAAGAUUGAGGAACGGACAAAUUCAUAUGAUACACACUCUCCAUCGCAGUAAAAUCUUCCCGAUUAAUGAAAUAUAAAAAAAAAAUGUGUGCGCGUGCACGCAUACAUGUUAAGAAAUAUACUAGUUUUCUAAUACGUGUUGCAAGUAUAUCUUUGUAAAAAAUGGGAAGAUAAGACCGUGAUCUCCUCUCCAACACCAAAAUCGCCAUAAGGAGAAAAACGAAGAGGAACAAAAUAUGUAAGAAAUAUAUGUGCGUGUAUUUAGACAUAUUAGUCCAUGUCCAAUCAGAGUAACCAGUGUGUGCUUCCUCCUUCUUUGAUGAAAUGAAUUCUAUAGGAGAGGUUGAGAAGAAGGAACUUUGUUAAAGAUGAUCUGUAUGUGUGCAAGGAUGGACUUUUUCCUUUUUCCUUCAAUUGUUUGUCCAAUCUUUUUCUUAUUCAUCUUUGUUCAUCUAUUCUUAGCGAUGUUUAUUGUGGAAGUAAAAUAGUAAAUAAAAAAUGUCUGUAUUACUUGGUGACUUUUCUCACAUGAGAUAUACAUUAAUGAGAUUUUGUAUCUUGUCAUUC